CUCGACCGCAGCCAUCGCAAUCAGCAAUCAUUCCCAAGAAAACACCUCCUGCAACUAAUCGCCACAAUGCCCGGCUCCCUCUCCCUCUUCUCCGUCAACGCGGUGCUCCUCAUGUCCGCCGACGACGGCUCUCGCAUCUUCGCCAAGUACUUCUCGCCGCCUCACCCCCCGGCCGGCGUUGCGCCCAAUUCCACCGAUUACCCCGGUGCCAAUCCCUAUCCGACGGUGAAGGAGCAGAAGGCAUUUGAGCAGGGUCUGCUCGAGAAGACGAAUAAGCAGACUAGUGAUGUGAUCCUUUACGAUAAUAGGAUCGUGGUGUUUAAGAUGGAGAGCGAUGUGAUGCUUUAUGUGGUUGGGAGUGCGGAGGAGAAUGAGGUGUUGUUGUAUAAUGUGGUUUUGUCGUUGAGGGAUGCGUUGGGAAUUUUGUUCAAGGGCGCCACGGACAAGCGCACAAUCGUCGAAAACUACGACCUAGUCGCCCUCGCCAUUGACGAGCUCAUCGAUGACGGUAUCAUCCUCGAGACCGACCCCGUCCUCAUCGCCUCUCGCGUCAGCCGUGCACCUGCCCCCGAUGCGCCGAACAUGAAGAACAUCGACCUCUCGGAACAAGGAUUGAUGAAUGCCUGGGAGUUUGGAAAGAGGCGUCUGGCAGAGGGAUUGCGGCAGAUGUAGAUUGUCGGGUUUCUUUUUUUUUUCUUUCUUUCUUUCUGUGUUUUAAGCAUUGGUUCUGAGAUUUAAUCUGGCUGGUCCGGCGCAGUAUUGUGUGAUGCUCUUUGUUUAUGACGGCUAUUGAUAUAUCCAAUUUCUUCGUCUUCAUAUAUUAUAUAUUGGGAUUGAGCAUUCUGUAUAGACCUUGUUUGCUGAGUUGGGGCUUUUCGGGAUUUCUCCAUUGGCGGGGCGUAGUGGGCGUUAAAUCAGGACAGGAACGUAUACCAAAACAGCUGCGAUUG